UCUGAUCAAACACUUUGUCGUGUUAAAGGGAAAAGUCUCUCUGUUGGACGUCACCUCCUUCCUCCUUCCUUCUUCCCUCGUUCUCCAACAGGACUCCCUUUUUUAUUUUAUUAUUCUGAGCCGCAUGAAUCACAAAGUCUCAGCCGGCGAGUAGGGAUGUGGACAUUCCUGUAAGAACUCAUCGUUACUCUUCCUCUUCCUCAUCAUGCCGAUCAUCCACCCAAAUUCCACCACCCUGCACGUCAUCCACCCAAAUUCCACCAUCCUGCCCGUGACGGAUUACCCCACCACCUCCCCCUACACGAACUCCACCGUCAACCCAUUCGCUGUUGCUGCUGUCGACUUCAUCAACAACCUCCUGAACAAAAUCCCCUUGCCUCGAUGGGCGAUUUACGCCAUCUUUGUGGCCGGAGGGCUGCUGAUUCUCCUCUGCUGUCUGUGUAUCUGCAUCAAGUGCUGCUGCAAAGGGAAGAAGAAGAAGCAGCAGAAGGAGAAUGUCAACCUGAAGGGAGCGGACGGAAAAACCACCACAGCUCUGGUUCAGCCAGAUGUGGCCGACGUGGACUACGGCUCGGCCAAACGGCAGAGAGGAAAGCUGCUCUACUCUCUGGACUACAACGCUGCUCAGUCAGAGCUAACGGUCGGGAUCAAACAAGCCAACAACCUGAAGGCCAUGGACCUGGGAGGAACCUCGGACCCGUACGUCAAAGUCCACAUCGGCCCCGACAAAUCCAAAACCUUUGAGACCAAAGUGUUCAAAAGCACGCUGAACCCCACCUUCAACGAGCAAUUCACCUUCCAGAUAUCCAAGUCUUCCCUGCUACAGUCGACAGUGGUGAUGAAAGUUUUUGACUUCAACAGAUUCUCCAAACACGAAAUCAUCGGGGAGAUCCGGGUGCAGCUCUGCAACGUGGACUGGAACCACGUCAUUGAGGAGUGGCAGGACCUCGCCGAGCCCGCCAAGUUUGAGGAAGAAAAUCUUGGCGAGAUCUGCUUCUCGCUGCGUUACGUUCCCACUGCCGCCAAACUGACCGUGGUUAUCCUGGAGGCCAAAAACCUGAAGAGCAUGGACGUCGGAGGAGCUUCAGAUCCGUAUGUGAAGGUGCAGUUGGCUCUGGACAAGAGGAAGUGGAGGAAGAAGAAGACGUCGGUUAAGAAGAAGACGCUGAACCCGUAUUACAACGAGUCCUUCACUUUCGACGUGUCCUUUGAACAAAUCCAGAGGGUGAACCUGGUGAUCUCUGUGUGGGACCACGACGCCCUAACCCGGAACGACGCCAUGGGGAAGAUCUUCCUGGGCUGCGAUGCCACGGGGAACCAGCUGAGGCACUGGGCCGACAUGUUGUCCAACCCGCGGCGGCCGGUCGCUCAGUGGCACAGCCUGCUGACGGCCGAGCAGGUCAACUCCACGCUGGUGCUGAAGAGGAAGAUCCCCCUCCAAAACAAACUGCCCUUCCUCGGCGGGCCACCGACAUAAAGACAUCUCUAAUGCAUCAGGACGAGAUUUUAAAAAGAGUUUUAUGAUCAUUUCUCAGCUGAUUGAUUACUUUGUAUAUUUUCAACCUGGACCCUAUUUUCCCAUGUUUUUGUGUCUAAGUGACUGAUGGGAACAACAGUCUUUGAAAUUGGU